AUGUUUAAUCUAGACCUCACACUCUCUCCACCAUCUGCGAUUUCGAAGAAUCAAUCACAGAUGGACUCAUCCUCAACACCAAAUGUUGACAACAACGACUUCGAAGGCGAUGAAGAACAAGAGUUCCUGACUCCGGACAGUAGAGGCAAGAGUAAACAAGUUGUCGAUCCGGACAGUAGAGGCAAGCGUAAGGAAUCACCUGAAGCUAGUGGAGCAACGUUCCAGGCAGAGAAAGCACGUAGGUAUCUGCCUCCAAGGUCUAAGAUUUGGGGACAUUUCACAAGAACAAAGGAGAAUCGUGACAGAUGUAUAUGUCACUACUGCAACAAGACGUUCUGCUGUGCUACAAGAUCGGGGACAUCCAACUUGAUGAAGCAUAUCAGCAUAUGCAAACGCUUCAUGGCGUUUUCAGAGGGUCAAAGCUCUACUCAGCCUGGUAUCAAUGAACAAGGACAGCUGAAGUCUAGAAAGAUAAGUGAGAGUACUUUCAGAGAAGCAACAAAUGAGAUGAUGGUGAUUGCAGAGCUACCACUGAGUUUCAUUGAAGGUGACGGUUGGAAACACUUCUGUAACAAGAUGGAACUUGGCAAACCUGUUUCAAGAAGGACAUCGACUAGAGACAUUGUCAAGAUGUAUCUAGAGAGGAAAGCUGUUAUGAAGAAGUGGUUUAAAGCAAACAAGCAAAGGGUUUCACUAACUACUGACAUUUGGGUGGCUCAAGUAACUCGUGCUAGCUAUAUGGUUGUGACUGCCCAUUACAUUGAUCCAUGUUGGCGAUUGAGGAAGCUUAUCAUCGGGUUCAAAUACGUCACUGAUCACAAAGGAGCAACAAUUUCGAAGGUUUUGUUAGAUUGCUUAGCUGACUGGGGGAUACAGAAAGUUUUUUGUGUGACGGUCGACAAUGCAACGGCCAACUCCUCUGCACUGCGAAAAUUUCAGAGUGCAUUCUCACUGGUGUCUGAAGACGCGUUGGUUUUAGCUGGUGAAAUGAUGCAUCUCAGAUGUAGUGCACAUAUCAUCAACCUCAUCGUCAAGGAUGGAAUGGCUGACGCAGAUGAGAGUGUCAAUGCUGUCCGUAAUGCUGUGGUCUACGUCAGAGCUUCAGGAAACAGGUUGUCAGCAUUUGAGCAGAAGGUAGAAGCUGGUAAACUGACUAGGGGAAGCUUGCCGUUGGAUGUGACUACUAGAUGGAACUCCACUUAUCUGAUGUUAAUCACAGCUAUGAAGUUCAGAGUUGCCUUUGACAAGAUGGAGCAAGAAGAUAAGCUGUACAACGAUUACUUUAUGGAGAUGGAUAAAGGUGAAAAGAGGAUAGGUCCUCCUAUGUUCACUGAUUGGAAAGCAGUUGAAAUGUUAGGCCGGUUCUUAGUCAUCUUCUACAACUCAACUCUAGUUGUUUCUGCCUCGACCUCUCUCAAUGCUUACAAGUGCUACGGGGAAAUUGUGACCAUAGCAGCUAACCUUAUGGAUUUGAUGAAGAGUAGAGAUCAUCACCUGAAGGUAAAGGCAGAGGAGAUGUAUCAGAAAUUCGACAAAUAUUGGGAUGGGUUGAAGAACAUCAAUAAGAUGUUGAUUGUGGCAACUGUUUUUGAUCCCAUGAAGAAGAUGGAUCUCGCAACCAUGUGUUUUGAAGAGCUUUACGGGCAGGAAAGCUUAGAAGGUAAAGAAAUGUAUGAUUCUGUGAUCAGUGUGUUGCGCAGUAUGUUCAAGGAGUACAGUGACAGAUAUGGGAAGAGUCAAGAAGAAUCUGAUCACUCUAAGAAGUCCAAGGCUCAAGCCUCUCGGUGUGCUGAACAGGAAGCAUCGCUUUCUAUGGAUAUGGUUGAAGAUGGUUUCGGUUAUAAGAGGAUUGAUCGAAGAUAUAAGCAGAAGUUGAAUGCGGGAGUGAAAGACAAGCGUGAUGAGCUUGAAAUUUACUUGAAAGAACCGGUUGAGAAUCCAGAGUUGUUGGCUGGUGUAGAGUAUGAUGUUCUAUCAUAUUGGAAGAGAAACAGUACGAAGUUCCCGAUUCUUUCAUUGAUGGCAAAAGAUGUCUUGGCCAUGCAAGUCUCCUCUGUUGCAUCUGAGAGUGCUUUCAGCACAUGUGGAAGGAUCAUUGAGCCAUCUCGGAGCUGCCUUACUCACUUCAUGGUCGAGGUGCUGAUGUGUACCGAGCAAUGGCUGAAACAAGACAUUCGCUGUGAUACAAAAGUGCUUACUAAUGCACAAAUCCUUGAGGAUAUUGAAGAGCAAGAAGAGAUUGAGAGAGAAUUAACUGGUUUAGCUGCCCAGCCAUAA